UGUCCCGUAUACCGAGCAAUUUUUCCCGUCCAAUCUCGCAUCCGUUAAAACCCAUCGCGUCGUAAAUAAAACGCUUUUCUCAUCAUCUCCCAUAUCCCAGCCUCCCUAAUCCGUCCCUUCGUAAUGAGUAAAUACGCCCCGAUUACUAAUAAACACGUCUGCGGCCCUUUCUCACCGUUGACAGCUCAAUUCGUAUCAUUCAGCGCAGGGAGCCCUCGCGGGCCCCCGUCAGGGGCCACUCAUUGGAGCGGCACGUACCAAUCGAAUCGAGGGGGGCGUUCCCCGCCGUCGUCGACUUGUUCACCACUUUUUCCCGUCGACCAGUGAUGGUCUGUCUCAGCCAGCGACCAUAAGCCGAAGGAAAACUGGCGGAAGUCAAACGCGAAAGUGAGCCGGAGUGGUGCGACGCCGCCGCCACUGCCACCGCCGAUUUUCACGAGGAGACGUACGCCGCCACCGACGACGACUACAGGAUGGUGGAGGCGGCGCCGCCGAGGCACCACCACCAGCUGCUGGGGAACGUCUUCGGAGAGGGCUUCAAGCCGGUGUUUAAACGAGGAGCGACGCCGGCGACGGCCACCUCGCUUUUUACCAUCGAUAGCAUUCUGGCGCCGAGGCCGAAGCCGAGCAGUCCGCAGAGGCCGGUGCUCCAGCACCCGGGCCUGCAUCUGGGACAUAUCGCCGCCGCCGGGGGGUUUGGCGCCUCCUCGGCGGAUUUUCUAGCGAUGGCGUAUCCUGGGCUGUACCCCGGAUACGUGCACGCGCUGGCGGCGGCAUCGCAGGCCGCCUCCAUGGCGGGCAGCCACCCCCAGCACCAGCCCCCGAAACGAAAACGUCGCCACCGCACCAUCUUCAGCGAGGAGCAGCUGGAGCAGCUGGAGGCGACGUUCGAGCAAACGCAUUAUCCCGACGUCGUCCUCAGAGAGCAGCUCGCUCUCAAAGUGGAUUUGAAGGAGGAGCGGGUCGAGGUCUGGUUCAAAAACCGAAGAGCCAAGUGGCGGAAGCAGAAGCGCGAAGAGCAGGAGCGGAUGAGGAAGAUUCAGGAGGAGGAUGUCUGCAGGAGUGUGGAGCAGCAGAGACUCCUGCAGCCGCAGAACUUCAGCGACGAGGAUUCGAGCGACCUGGAGGUGGCUUGAAAGAGGGAGGAGGGGUUUUAUCUAGUCAAUUGUUGCUGUUCUGUAUAAAUGUAUAUUGUUUGGGGUUUACUACAUUUUGUGCAAAUAUCGGCGGACGGAAGGUUCCGAGAUUUGAGUUGCGGUCAGGUUGUUUCGGUUCGUGUAAAUAUUAGGUUAAGAUGAGUUAUGAUCAAGUUGUUGUAUUUUAAAUUACGUAUCGACAGGUUAGACUAUUGUGCAUGCAAAUACCUAUUUAAUAACUGUAACAUAUGAGGAAAUAAAUAUCAUUUUCGUAA